AUGGCGGCAGCAAGCAUCAUGCCUCCACACACAAACCCACCACCUCCAGCCACAGCGCGUGAUCCCACCGCUACCGUCUCCGAUCCCCAACGCCACCGAGACGCACCGACGCCGUCCCUCCGCGCGCUCUUCCUCCGCGCCGUGGACCCGUCCCGCCCCUCGUCAUGGUCCACGGCCGUCGCGGACCUCCUCUCAUCCGGCGACCCCGUCGCGGCGCUGGCCGCGUUCGCCGCCGCCCUCCGAGCCAACCCCGCUGCGCUCCGGCCGGCCCUGCCCCCGGCCCUCCGCGCCGCCGCCGCCGCCACUUCCCUCUCCGCCGGCCGCCAGCUCCACCUCCUCGCGCUACGCUCGGGCCUCUUCCCCUCCGAUGCCUACUCCGCCUCCGCUCUCCUCCACAUGUACUACCAUUGCUCCCGCCCCCUCGAUGCCCGCAGGGCGUUCGACGAAAUCCCCGCCCCCAACCCCGUCAUUGUCACUGCCAUGGCGUCCGGUUGCGUGCGCAACAACCUCGUAUAUACCGCGCUCUCUAUCUUCCGCUCCAUGGUCGCCUCUGAUUCUGCGGGAGUGGUUGACGAGGCGGCUGCACUGGUAGCGCUCUCUGCAUCUGCUCGUGUCCCUGACCGUGGCAUUACUGGUGGUAUUCAUGCACUUGUCUCCAAGAUUGGCUUGGAUGGGCAUACAGGGUUAGCAAACACGAUGCUAGACGCUUAUGCAAAGGGCGGUGGUCAUGACCUGGGGGCGGCGAGGAAGCUCUUUGAUAUGAUGGAGAGGGAUGUGGUGUCCUGGAACACGAUGAUUGCAUUGUACGCCCAGAAUGGACUGUCAACAGAGGCACUUGGGUUGUAUAGCAAGAUGCUGAUUGUGGGAGGUGGUGUUAGAUGCAAUGCAGUAACCUUGUCGGCUGUGCUACUAGCCUGUGCGCAUGCGGGGGCAAUACAGGCUGGAAAACGCAUCCAUAAUCAGGUGGUAAGAAUGGGGUUGGAGGACAAUGUCUAUGUCGGGACUUCUGUAGUUGAUAUGUACAGCAAGUGUGGAAAAGUUGAAAUGGCAUGGAAGGCCUUUCAAAAAAUUAAGGGAAAGAAUAUCCUUUCAUGGUCUGCCAUGAUUGCUGGCUAUGGCAUGCAUGGAUAUGGCCAAGAAGCCCUUCAUGUUUUCACUGACAUGAGGAAGUCAGGGCUAAAGCCAAACUACAUAACCUUUAUCUCAGUUUUAGCUGCUUGCAGUCAUGCUGGUCUUUUGAAUGAGGGCCGUUAUUGGUACAACACCAUGAAAACUGAGUUCGGAAUUGAACCUGGUGUCGAGCACUAUGGAUGCAUGGUGGAUCUUCUUGGCCAUGCUGGUUGUCUUGAUGAAGCUUAUGACCUUAUUAAAGAAAUGAAAGCCAAACCUGAUGCUGCUUUGUGGGGAGCUCUUCUUAGUGCAUGCCGAAUCUACAAAAACGUUGAGUUGGCGAAAAUUUCUGCAGAAAGAUUGUUUGAGUUGGAUGCAACUAACUCUGGGUAUUAUGUUCUCUUGUCAAAUAUAUAUGCAGAAGCUGGAAGGUGGAAAGAUGUGGAAAGAACGAGAGUUCUGGUUAAAACCAGAGGAAUAGAAAAGCCUCCAGGGUAUAGCUCGGUUGAGUUGAAAGGUAAAAUCCAUUUGUUUUAUGUUGGGGACAAGAGUCAUCCACAGUACAAGGAAAUCUAUGCUUAUUUGGAGAAACUGCUUGAGAGAAUUCAAGAAGCAGGCUAUGUACCAAACACAGGUUCUGUUCUUCAUGAUUUGGAUGUAGAAGAGAGAGAAUCCAUGUUGCGCAUCCAUAGUGAAAAGCUUGCUGUUGCGUUUGCCCUGAUGAACUCUGUACAAGGGUCAGUAAUCCAUGUCAUAAAGAAUCUCCGGGUCUGCACUGAUUGCCAUGCAGCAAUAAAGAUUAUUACAAAGCUUACUGGACGAGAGAUUAUUGUUAGAGACAUAAAGCGCUUUCAUCAUUUCAAGGAUGGGUUAUGCUCAUGUGGGGAUUAUUGGUGA